GUACCGAAUCGUGAAAAUCUACUCGGAUGACAUUAGAACAUCCUAUGGUAUUCUUCUGUUCGACUAUGUAUAUUACGAUCUAUAUCGUAAUAUACAGUAUGUCAUAUUAAUUUACAGUAUACACAUAAUAACUUGAGAAUAAAAUCCAUGACUGCAGUGAUUUAACAGUUAAAAUUAAUUUUUAUAAAUGAUAAAUGGAUCUUGAGAUACGACAAUAAUGUCGCAGAUUACGUUAUGUUCUAUAGUUUUAUUAUCAUUUGUAUUUGGAGUUACGUCACAGAUAAUAAUUUUUAAAUGUUGUCGAAAUGGUGAAGAAUUAUCAUUGUCACAAAAUACAAAUUCUGAUCCCGUAUGCAAACCAAGUAUGGCAUCUUGGGAGCCGUUGAUCUAUUCACCUUCUCAAAAUUCACUUUCACCAAAAAUACCUCCUGAAUGGAUAAUUCAAGAAGAAAUGAAGCCCACUUGCUUGAGUGACCACAUUCUGAAAGUUGUGCCUUGCACAAGGUAUUUACCUUGCAUUUUUUGGGAAAACGGUAAUGCAGUAUCUGACAUUGAAAAAGGAACUUAUUUUUCGCCAAGUGAAUUUUGUACGGAUUCUCAAGCUCUUCUAAUUUGUACACCUAAAAAAGUACAAAACAAAACAGAAAUCACUAGUAGAACUAAUAUCUAUAGAUGUUGUGGAAAGAAUGCUAUUUUUGAUGAAGACAGGCAUUCAUGUGUGAUACAGCCAAAUAAUGAAGAUGAAAAAUUUCUAUUACCAAACAUUUCAUCAAAUGUUGAAGUUGUUUUUGGAUUUCCUCGAUGUUUGCAUUCUGAAAACUUCACUAUCGUUGGAGAUGCAAGCAAAUCUCACUAUCUACCAAAUGGCGAUUUGCAAGUAAAUAAUUUGGUUUUGCCAUCUUCUCAAUAUUGUGUGGAACAAAUAAAACAACUUGAUAAAAGGAUGAAAAUUUUCGCGUGUUCGGAAUAUACAUCACAACGAUCAAAAGUUACAAGAAUGGAUGUACGUUUCCGGAUUUACGCUAUAAGUUUGAUUAUAAGUGCUAUAUUUUUGGCUGCAACAUUAGCUACCGGUUGGCUUCUUCCUUCUUCACAUCACGUUUUGCAUUGGAGAUGUCAAACUUAUCACGUUAUAUGUUUAAUGCUUGGCGAUUUACUUAUGGCAAUCAUUCAACUCGCCGGCGAUUCCCUUCAGGGCAAUAGUUGUAAAUUAAUUGGUAUUCUGGCACAUGUUUGUUUUCUCGCAGCAUUCUUUUGGCUCAAUACUAUGUGUUUUAAUAUUUGGUGGACUUUUCGAGAUCUGAGACCUGCUACUUUAGAGAAGAGUCAAGAGACUUUGAGGCUCAGAGUAUACGCUUGUUACGCAUGGGGUGGCCCUUUACUCAUCGCUGGAGUUGCUGCUUUGUUUGAUCAUUUACCAGCUGAAAAUCAUUAUUCUUUUUUGAAGCCAAAAUUUGGUGAAAAAAUGUGUUGGUUUUAUGGAGAUACUGAGAUCUUAGCAUAUUUUUAUGGACCGAUAGGAGUUUUAUUUCUGAUUAAUGUCAUAUUUUUCAUUGCUACAACACACGAAUUAACUUGCGGACUAUGGAAAGGUGAAUUUGUCAAAAGCACGACAGAAAGGGCUGCUCUAAGUCGGGUAUGCUUCAAAUUGGUAAUUGUCAUGGGCGUUACGUGGAUCGCUGAUGUAAUAUCAUGGGCUAUUGGUGGCCCAAGUUAUUUAUGGUAUUUCACGGACUUAAUAAAUGCACUUCAAGGUGUCUUCAUAUUUAUCGUAGUAGGUUGGCAACCACAAGUGCGAAGUAGUCUUAAAAGAAUUUUCAAUGGAAAUCCUCGAACUAACGCUGGAAGACAGGGAAAUGGACUGAGUACUACUAGUAAUGGAAUGCCAAGUUUAGGAGAUAGUGUGACUCAUAAUCCAAGUACUAGGACAGUACCAUUAGAAACUAUCUGUUGAAUUAUUUUAUAAAUUGUUUUUUUCUAACUGAUGUACUGCCAGCUUUAGUAACAAUCAAUACUUUAAAUAUUUAAUAUUUUUUUUUGCCGUAUUUAGCAAUAAUGACGUUCUGUCCGUAAUAUAUAAGAGACUUAAAAAGCCAGAUAAUGCUCAUUAUCAUGACAAUAUUACAAACUUUUCAAAUAAGUAUGAAACUAUGUUAUUGUAAAAGACUAUACUGUUGAGCCCACGAAUGUUAAUUUGAUUUUUUAUAUGAAAAACUUUGUUACAUAAAAAUAGCAGUGUGUAAAUUAGUGCAUCCGACGUUGAACUGAGGUUCAAUAUUAUUGGUCUAAUGUUUUAUAAAAAAAUACGUCAAAAACCACUUGUUUCUGUAGCUUCUGAAAAUAAUUAAAAAUAGUACAGAGUAAAUUCAAGAUUUCAUGCAUGUAUUAUAAUAACAGGUAUAAGGUGUGUUAGAUGCAAAAAUAUCCAUAAAGGAACUAUACAUUAUUUAUUCACACUUUUUACAUGUUUCAUAAUGUGUGAAAAAUCUCUAAUUUGUUUACGGCAUUUCCUUUUGAAGAGGCUUAGUGUGUUAAUGAAACUGUCUACAAAUCAUGUAUAGUUUGUUUAUGGACAUUUUACAUCGAACACACUUUUCGCGUGUUAUUAUAACACGUUCGUAAAAUCUUGGAUUCGCAGUGCAAAAUUCGUACAAACAUAGUUUUUUUUAUCAGAAAAUAAUAUUCCAAAAACGGAUAGUUAACACGCGUUCAGCACUCUCACCUACUAUUCAUUCUUGAAAGGUAGCUCACGUACUUGAAAAUUCACUAUCUACUUCUGUCAUAUAAUAUACUAUUAUCCAAAAUAUCUGAGAAACAGUAGAAAAUUUGAUAUUCACAUAGUAAGCGUCGCCAGAAUCUUAACAAUAAAAUUUAAAUUUCUAUCAAAAUUAUUGACCGUGAUCAUAAAAGUUUAUAUUCGAAAUAUGACAUCAAUAGUAAUGAAUUGUUAAUAAUCAGUCUUUUCAAUGAUUGUAUUGUAAUCAGAAACAUUAUAAUAACUUGAAAUAAAACUUCAAGAUCAGUUCAAAAAUGACUAAUGAAAGAGUAAUUUAACAAAAGAGUAAUAGUCUAGACACUUUUACAAUGCAUUUACAGAACAAUUGUUUAAAACCAUAUAUACUAAAAUUUCUUAUUAGUUCAUAAGGUAACUACUUAAAAUAAUAAUUCCAUCAACAUAAUAGAACAAUGUGUCAAAAAAAGUCAGUCUUCAACAGUAUUCGAUUUGUGGAAAUUUCUUGUGACAAUUUAUUCAGUAUUUCCAUGGAAUGUAGGAAAAAAUAGUAAUACAAACAUGAAUUUAUUAAGUGAAAUAACGAUGACAUCGAAAACUACUAAUUAUUCAAGAUUAUGAUAAGACUGUAAUUGGAGAAAAUAAAUAAUAUUAAAAAACAUAACAUGCAACUUAGAGCUCUUGAAAAUUAUGACAAUAAAAUAAAAAAUCGAUUAAAUUUCAAUUUUUGCCUUUGAUACUGCCUUUAAACUUACGAACUUGAAGAAAAAGAGAAGUAAAUACAUUUAGGUCAAGCUUUAGUCUGUAAUAAAGGUCUAUAUGUCUAAUAUAUGAUAACGAUUAUGUGACAUUUUC